AUGAAGCACGGGAUCAACCAGCGCAAGCUGAACCGCAUGCCCGCCCACAGGCUCGCCCUCCUCCGCAACCUCGUCUCCGCCCUCCUCCACCACGAGUCCAUCAAGACCACCCUCCCAAAGGCCAAGGAGGCCGCCAAGAUGGCCGAAAAGAUCAUUACGCUCGGCAAGAAGAACACCACCCAGUCACGCAGCAAGGCCAUGGCCCUCCUCAUGCCUCCACACCAUGCCCCUGCAGAGCUGUACAAUGCCUCUAGCACAAACCCCAAACCCACCCUUCCCCCUCUCGACUACCCCUCAUCGUCUACAGAAGACCCCGAACAAUUCCGUCCCCCGACCACGCUCUUGCCAAAACUCUUCACUACCCUCGCCGACCGUUAUGCCGCCCGUCCAGGAGGAUACACCAGGAUCCAGAGAUACGGUCGCCGGCCGGGAGAUAAUGCCCCGCACGCGAUCCUCUCGCUUGUGGACGGUCCUAGAGAUCUCAAGUUUGAAUUGACGGCGAGGGCCGUGGGCAGGGAGGGGCUCGGUGUGCUGGGCAGUUACCACGACCGGGGAGAGCUGGUAGAGCUGAGCGAGAACGAAUGGGAAGAUCUCAGUGAGAAGACUAGGAGGGAUGUGGGCAAGGUGUUGAGAUAUAGAAGUGAAGAGGACAAGGCGUCGUUCAAGGAAAAGGCCAUACACUACAUGGACACGCUCCAAUCCGAGUCGGGCGCCCUCUCUGGCCUCCGCAAACCCUUCAUCUCUCCCACCGCCCGCCCUUGUCUAACACCCUCAAUAAACCACCCCAAAUCCGGCAAGCCGCAAUUCGCCGGCGAACGCCUGUCGGGCAUGUCGGUCCUCAACACUGGUCUCGGUCUCGCGCGAGGCCAGCUGGGCAGGCAGAAAAAGGUGUUGGGGCAGGAUGUCGACAGGACAGCGAGGAUAUGGGAAAGGGACCAGGUGGACGGGGUUCAGGGUGAGAUUGUCAAGAGCGCGUAG